AACCAACCCGUCUGCCACUUUCCUUUUGGAAGACGUUGUCCAACCUCGGAAUCAAACCACAACACAGCUAGAUCGUGCCAUAUCAACCAUAUCGACCCAUUCCACGAGUUUCGCGGUUCCCUGUUCUUUAGUUGUUUCGCGACAGUCGCAUCAAGUAUACAUACCCCAGGUAUACUCGGUCAACUUGCACGAAACAGAUACAACCGUCAACCGAACCCGACCGCAUUCGUCACGGUCACUUGUCGCAUUCGACCAGCAAGCACCACUUCGAACUCGCAACAUCUCUCGAGACUUGAACUUCCUCCGGACAAACACAAACAACAUCCUUAGACGACUACCAGAACACCACUGCACUCAACAAGAUGCUAUCACGACAAGCCCUGCGCGUCACCAUGCGCCCAACCACCCUCGCCGCGGGACUGCUCCGGCCCUUCUCCACCACUCCCACGAUCCUUUCCCCUAAAACCCCCUCCCUAGCCGACAUCAAACCCAACACAGUCGACUCCUUCAACGCCAAACAAAAGUUAUUCCGGGAGCAGCUAGCAGAGCAGAAGCGACAGCAGGAAGCGACCCAACUCGCCGCCGCCGAAGCCGCCGCCCACGAACCGCCUCGCAAAGCCGGGCCCCUGACGAAUCUGAUUUAUGGCACAAAGGAGGGCAGGGAACUAGAUGCCCAGCUCGAAGCGAGUUUCAGCCAGGUGCUGGCGCGCGGUAAGUAUGUGCACAGCAUCACGUUUGACCAGGUCAGACCGGAGUGCGUGGAUGAGUAUGUCGGGCUGGUGGGCGAGUGGUACCCGAAGUGGGCAAGGGAUCCGGAGAAUAAGGUGCAUUUGGUCGGGAGCUGGAGGGGGGAGGUGGGGGAUGUUGAUACUUUUGUCCACAUCUGGGAAUACCAACGCUACACAGGCCUACACUCCUCCCUCUCCUCUCUCAGUUCGCACCCCUCCUACCCUACCUUCUCCCGACAACUCGCCCCCCUCCUGCACAAGCGACACACCUCCCUAAUGCAAGAAUUCUCCUUCUGGCCCACCACCCCGCCCCGUCAACUAGGCGGUAUCUUCGAGUUACGCUCCUACACUUUACACCCCGGUAACUUAUUGGAGUGGGAAACGCACUGGCGGAGAGGACUGAAAGCCAGACGCGAGGUGAUGGAAGGGGUGGGGGCUUGGUUCGUGCAGAUCGGGGAGCUGAAUACGGUGCAUCACUUGUGGCAGUUUGCGGACCUGGAGGAACGAAGAAGACAGAGGGAGGAGAGUUGGGCUAUAAAGGGGUGGGCGGAGACGGUGCAUAAGACUGUGCCGUUGAUUCAGACGAUGAAGAGCAGGAUUUUGGUGCCCAUGCCUUGGAGUCCUGUUGCGUAAACAGCCUGGGGAUUUGGGUCAGUAGGGGAAAGGAGAUGGAUUUGAAGGAGAUGUGAUGGGAUAUGCUGGGAUAUGAUGGGCUUUGGGAUCUGGGAGCAGGUAAUGAAGAGAUGGACGAAUUUCUGGAGCUGGAAGGAUAAUUAGGGAUCAUGUGUAUAUGCUGCGUUUUGUAAUGUCUGGAAUGUUAGGCGAGCUGGACGAAUAUUGCGGUUAGGUUUGGUACUUCAUCAACAAAUACCAUUCGUAUUUGUACUCAUUCUCAA